AUGGGAACCCUCCCACUCUCUGCCAAUUUCAACUUCAUCCCACCCGGGAGAACGUGCAGGGCAGUUGGCUGGGGCAGAACCAAUGUGAAAGAACCAGCCUCAGAAACACUGCAGGAAGUAAAGAUGAGACUCCUGGAGCAGCAAGCCUGCAAACACUUCACAUGUUUUCAACAAAAUUCCCAGCUCUGUGUGGGCAACCCCAAGAACAUGCAAAAUGUAUACAAGGGGGACUCUGGAGGACUUCUCCUGUGUGCUGGGAUAGCCCAAGGCAUUGCAUUAUAUGUAAAUAGGGAUGCAAAGUCCCCUGCUGUCAUCACAAGAAUCUACCAUUACAGGCCCUGA